UAUUAACAUUCUCUUAUGACUGAAUCUAAGAGAUCCUCCUAUUUUAAACCUUUCUUAUUUGGAGCAAUUUCAGGAUGCUCAGCUGCAGCUAUAAUAAUGCCUAUAGAUACUUUAAAAGUGAGAAUCCAAAUUUAGAGUGAAAACUUGGGCCUUGGAUUGGUCAGUCAUAAGAAGAACUUAUUUUAAAUUUGUAAGGAUAUGCUCCAAAAAGAGGGACUAGGAGGAUUUUAUUCAGGGUAGAUUAUAUUAAUAUUCUAGACUUGGUUCUGCAUUAUUGAGAUAAUUAACAUAUACUACUACUCGUCUUGGAAUAUUUAAAAUAAUCACAGAGAAAGUGAAGAAAUAAUAAUAACGUAUAUAUUACAAUUAAAUAUUUAAGGUGAUUUAAGUUUUAUUGAGAAAGUAGGAGCAUCUUCAUUAGCUGGAUUUAUUGGAGCAUUAGUAGGGAAUCCAACAGAUGUUUGCUUGAUUAGAUUUUAAGCAGAUUAAUCAUUGCCAAUUGAGGAAAGAAGGAAUUAUAAAAAUGCUUUUGAAGCUUUAGCAAGAAUUUAUAAAGAAGAAGGAAUUUUAGCUUUUUGGAAAGGAUCUAUGCCAACUGUAACUAGAGCUGUCGCAAUAACAAUAGGAUAAUUAACUACAUAUGAUUAAUUGAAAUAAAUGAGUAUGCAAUUAAAAGAUUCAAAAAUAGAAAGCACAUUUGAUAGGAUAAUGUAAAAAAUUGUAUAUUUAUAUAUAUAUAGAGCAUCAUGUGGAGCAGGAAUAAUCUCUUCUGUGAUUUCAUUACCUUUUGACAAUGUGAAGACUAAACUUUAGAAGAUGAAAUGUUUAGGAGAUGGUUCAAUGCCAUAUACCGGUGUGAUGGAUUGUUUUGUUAAGACCAUAAAAAGAGAGAAGUUAUUAGGAUUAUGGGUUGGAUUAUUUGUAUACUUUUCAAGAGUGGCACCAUAAUCUAUAAUGAUUCUAUUGAUAUAAGAUUACCUCCAUUAGAAAUAUAAUUGAUUAGGU